CGCAACACACGCUCGCGCGCGACCUGUCACCACCGAUGACAGCCCCGUACUGAAACUCAAACGUAAAUCUCGAUUCGCAAAUACGAUUUUAUUCAAAAAUGGAACGGAUGGCUUUUAAUCGCUAUUGCGUCGACCUUACCUGACAUUUAUUUUUGGCCAGUUCCGUAAUAAAAUUGUUCAAAUAUUAUUGUUUAUUUUAAACUAUAUUUUAUGUAUUGGAUGUUUUAGUGUAUGGAAAGGAUUGAAGUGACAUUUUUUUUCACAUAUAAACAUUGUGUUAGUGUGUUCCGAAUUCAGUGCUAAAUACUUUGUAAGGUCUACGUAAUUUUGUUUGAUCAGUUAUGUGGUUACAAGGGCGUGAAAUUUGACUCGUUAGAAGUGUGAACUGAAAACGUGUGUUGCUGAAUUUUAAUAAUAUUUAUUUGUUGGGAAUAAUUUUAAACUGUAAUAAUACCUGUGGUGUAAAUAAAAUAUUACUGGGACGUUUACUUUGAAAGGGUACUAAAACGUGGCUGGCAAGUUGGGCCCGGCGCGCCAAUGAUGCCAACUGUAGGGGCCCCAGGGGACGCCAAUCAGAGCGUGCCACUGAUACAUCCGCCUUGCCAUCAUGUUCACGAGGUUCGAUCAAGGCAAAUCAACGAAAGGCGCUUCCAAACUCCGGCGCGACCUCAUCAACGCAGAGAUUGCCAACCUUCGUGACCUCCUGCCUCUACCUCCUUCGACGCGACAACGUCUCUCGCAACUGCAACUUAUGGCCCUCGUGUGUGUCUACGUCAGGAAAUCGAAUUAUUUUCAACAAGUUUUCAAACGCUUUGAGAUCAACCAACAGCCAUCCACUACCCCUAACUUCGGAUUCUCUAAGGCCCUGAACGGUUUCCUAAUGAUGAUGACGCAGAAUGGAAAACUCCUGUACAUAUCAGACAACGCUGCGGAAUAUCUAGGUCAUUCAAUGGAGGAUCUGCUCAUUCACGGAGAUAGCGUAUACGACGUGAUAGAUAAGCAAGACCAGCAAACCGUCAGGUCUGAGCUGUCAAGAGCACCGACUGACGGGGAAGACAGGGUCUUCUUAUGCCGGAUGAACGUUGCCAGGAACGCAAGGCGGCAGAUGCGGUUUGGUGAUCAGAAGGUGGUGCUAGUCCGAGGCCACUACGUCUCAUACCUGCCUCUCUGCAGUCGCAACGAGCCGGUAUUCCUCGCCGCCUGCACCCCCUUAGCCAUGCCCGAGACGCGAGAGUGUGUCGUGCAUGGCGCCACUAAUGUGUUCACGACAGUGCAUGCCAUGGACAUGAAAAUACUGCAUAUCGAUGUUAAUAGCGAGUGGCACUUGGGCUGGGAGAGGAGUGCUCUUCACGGCGUCAGCUGGUACCACCUGCUUCACCCUGACUGCUGCAAGGAGGCGCAGAAUAAACACCGACUAAUAACGCAGUCAGAACAAGAACGGUCGUGCAUCGCGUUACUCCGGCUUCAACGACGCUGCGGGCAGUUCCUCUGGGUGCACGCAGUUCUGCAGCUUAAGGACAACCUGGAGAACUCGCAGCGACCCGUCAUUGUGUGCACCAACCAGGUGUUAAGUGAACAAGAAGCAGCGGUGAUGAAGGCGAACCCAUGGCUAUACCAUUACUACGCAGUGCAAUCCAAACUUCAUUACGGGCUAGCGUACGAGGCAGCAACAAGAAUGUAUGGUCCACCCCCGCCUGACAUACAAGUGUAUCCUCCAACGAUGCAGUACACUCCAACACCACCAGUCUGCUUGAAUGGGAACCAACCUGUCAUGAUGCCAAACGCUGGUCUACAACCUCAUAUCCCACAUGUUCCUCCACAUCUAACACCGAUACAUUACGCUUACGAGAGGCAUGACAAUAUACCGGUGGACUACUCAGUUUCAUUACAAGACAACAGAGCAUACCUCAAUCUACGGAUUGAUGACACGAGGUCCCAGCCCAGUGCCAAGAGGAAAGGAAAACCAGCUGAUGAAAAGACACCCGUUACUAAUUUAUCACCCCGAUUCUCAUCUAAUGCCGGUGGAGAUACUUUAGUGGCAAUUGCAGCAACAUCGAUAAAUACCCGAAGGCCAGGCUCCAAAAACGUUAAUAUGACUGAGACAGAGAUGAUGGACCAAUGGAACCCCAGUCCAACUUGGUCAGAAUCCGCUUUGCAAAAAGUUCCUGAUGUCUGUCAGCAAGACUUAAGUCCUUAUGUGACAACCACUCCUCCAACACCUUCAGGCACCCCUUCAGCAUACUCACAGAACUACAGCCAUACCUUUGUAUUCGACUGGUCACCAGAGCAAUACGUUCCUCAUACUAACAAUAGAUGUAGUACAAUAACAACAGAAAGUUCCUAUCAGCAAACUUGGAAUAGAAAUCAAAGAACGACCUUCGCCAGUAAUGGUGAGCAUAUGGUCGAUGAAAAUUGUAAUCCUAAUAGAAUAAGUUUACCUAUAAGGGUUAGUCGAUCGCCUCCAGACCAAAAUGUAACUAGAGAAGGAGAAUCCCUUAGAAGACAAAUGGAUCACCCUCAUCCGGAUUCACCAAGUGCUAAAAAGCCAGCGUUAUAACUGUAGUUAAAUUAACUUAAUAAAAUAUAAUGUUAAUAUAUUAGUAUGUUAUGUUGUUACCUUAUACUUGUAGAUAAUAAAAAAUGCCACAAUAAAUGUAUAUGCGCACAAUGCGGUUACUCAUAAUACCGUCAGCCGUGCUUUUCUCCCUACUAGGUAUUACUAAUUCGAUUGCGUGAAAGUUAAGUACGAUUAAUAUGGCGCCAUCUAGUAUUGCUAAAAUAUGACGCUCUUUCGAUUCCAUACAUAUCAUAGUCAUAUUAUAGCUGGAGCAUGCCCAUUCGCUAUUAAAGUUUCCGCAUUUCUAGACUAAAAAACUGUCUUCAACGGUUAGAGGGUUGUGUCGAAAUUGUGUAUUUCAUUGUUGAGCAGAGUUUUAAGGGUUAGGUUAGGAAGUUUUAUAAAAACAAUUUUCAAAAAAGGAUGCAAUAGCGUAAG